AUUUUAUCCACGGCAACUGAAAAGAAAUCUUUAUAUUUGUGGAGAGAAUGCAGGCUUUAACAAUUUUUGGUGUAUUAGCAAGUUUUGUAGUGCUGCAGAUUAAUUUUGGAUAUUCCAAAAACUAUGUUCAGGAAGUGUUUAAGUGGAAAAGAAUUGAAUAUGAAAAUCUCCCACUACCAGACAACACCCUUAUCGGCCCCUAUAAAUACCAUAUCCCGGAAAAUAAUGAUUUAGUGAGCAUCGGCUACCAUCCAGCUAGUGGAUUAAUGUUAGUGAACAUAUUCAGAUGCAGACCUGGUGUUCCAAUUACAGUGGGUGCUUUCUGUGUUAAGAACUACAAAUACGGAUCGAGUCCUAAAAUCUGGGGCUUCCCCAACUAUGAACUAAAUACUUUGCAAGCCUCGGAUUAUGCAGGAGGGAAUGAAGACGAUCUAAGUCAAAGGGAAUUCUACAAUAAGAAUUAUUUCAAAAGGGAAGGAAAUUAUUACGCCAAAGGAGGACACUACUAUACUGACUACUAUGAGUACUAUAACUUCAAGCCAAACUACCUUCGCGCUUCUUUAAGCUCACUUAGUCAACCAGUUGGACACAAAAGAAUUAUCUCUGCUCUUCACACCGUGAUUGAUGAAAAAUGCAGCAGAGUAUUCUUGCUAGAUAAUGGGGUUCUACAGUUCUACCCCAAUACAACGUACAACGUACAGAAGCCUGCCUUAGUCGAAAUCAGCCUUCCAUCGGAUGGUUGUGAAAAUAAAAACUUCCCCAUAACCCGUCGAUCAGAAGUUCCUGAUCGCAUUUCUUCAAAAGGUUCUAAUGGAUUUAUGUACAUGACUAUGGAUUUUCAAACAGAGGGAUCGUGCGAUGAUCUCUUCCUCUACAUAACGAAUCCCUUCAACAGCUACCUCGUUGUCUAUGACUACAGAAAGGAUAAAUUCUGGGCAUUUGAUCAUGAAACAUUCAAGCCAGUAAUUUCUGAAUCUCACUUUGUAUUUGAUAAUUUACACUUGGAUAUGCCAUUAGGUGUGAUGUCUAUGGCCCUCGGUUAUCCGGAUGAGGAUGGCGAUAGAACUGCGUACUAUUUGCCAUUUGCAAGUACAGCUCAAUAUGCUGUCUCAACAAAGAUCCUAAAGAACAGCAAAUUAUCUCCAAAUAAAUUUAAUCAGGAUAGUUUCAAAAUUAUGGGAUACCGAGGAUGUGGCCAUGAAGUGGAUAAAAUGGCCAUAGACUACACGUACGGGGUUAUCUUCUUUGUAGAGAUUCGCUCUAAAGAAGUUCGAUGCUGGAACAUCAACAAACCCCUCAAUCCCGACAACAUUGGAGUAGUUUAUAAAUCAGACAAAACAUUCUUCUACUCUCAAAUGUUUAUCGAUUCAAGAGGCUACCUGUGGUUCCACAGUAGUCACGUUCCCAUUGAAUUCCUAACUCUUCAGCCACUUAAUCUUCAAGAAGUUAAUUCGCGAUCAUUCCGUGUUAAAGUAUCCGAUGCAAUUAAGGGGACAGUUUGCGAUGAUUCAGAUCAGUCAAGAAUGUUUGAUUGGUUUGAUUUUUACAAAAAGUAAUUUAAUAUUUUUAUAUUUUAACUGAUUUCUUGUUUAAGAAGAGUUCAUUUAUUUAACAACAUAAUUUAUGCAUUUAAAAAUUAUUUAAUUGUAUUUAUUUUAUGUUAAUGAAAAAUCAAUAAAAUGUCUGUGUAGAA